AAGAAACGUUGUAGGACCUUUCCCACGAGCUGUGCGAAAGGGCGAGAGAUGGAUGUUGAGACCGGGACUGAGUCUGAGUUGGUGUUGAUUGGUGGUUGCUACGAGCAGAUUAUCUUCGGUUAUCGGAUAAAAAAGCCUGGACAGAACUGGAAUCCAGAACCUGACUUUACUCAUCAUGCUCAUACAGCCUCUUUAACCACUGUGGCUAUAAAUGAUUGCUACGUGGCAACAGGCAGUAAAGAUGAAACUAUUCAGCUAUACAACAUGAAAAAGAAAAUUGAUCAAGGAUCGUUAUUGUACCAUGAUGGUACAAUAACCUGCCUUGAAUUCUAUGGAAAUACGCACUUGCUCAGUGGAGCAGAAGAUGGACUCAUCUGUGUGUGGGACAUUAAAAGAUGGGACUGCCUGCAGACUAUUCGAGCUCAUAAGGGCCAUGUAUCAUCACUCUCAGUGCAUCCAUCUGGAAAGCUUGCCUUAUCAGUAGGAACAGACAAAACUUUAAGAACGUGGAAUCUGAUUGAUGGAAAAUCUGCAUUCAUCAAAAAUAUAAAUCGGAAUGCUCACAUUGUUCAGUGGUCCCCAGCUGGAGACAAUUAUAUCGUUGUUUCAAAUAAUGAGCUGGAUGUAUAUAAUCUGAUGACUGCCUCCAUCCAUGGAACUAUUGUAUCUAAGACGAGGAUCUCAUCGGUGAAAUUUAUAACGGAGUCUAUCGUUGCUAUAGCUGGGGAUGAAGAAUAUGUCAGAUUAUACAAUACAAACACAAAAACAUGUCUUUCUGAGUUCAAGGCUCAUGACACCAGGGUGAAAGUGAUGCACUUUUUCUCAAUUGCACAGAGUCAUGUUCUUGCCACAGCAUCCAGCGAUGGUUACAUUAAGCUAUGGCAAAUAGACAUUAAAAAGAUUCAGAGUUGUCCUGUGUUGCUGAGUAAAGUAAAUACUUCUGCCCGCCUGACCUGUCUAGCUGUGUGGCUGUCAAUUCCUCAAAGCAUUACACAAAGGAUUGAAGAGCAAGUAACACAGUGUGAAGGAGACAAAUCCAGCAUUAAACUUUCUAAACAGAAGAAGGUUAAAUUCAAAGAAGCUACUUUGGAUGGUGGGAAACACCCACAAAAGAGAAAGAGAGAAAUUCUGUACAAGAGGGAAAAGGCUGUUGAAACAAAAAAAAAAGAGAAAGAAAAGGCUUCAAAUGAACACUUCUCAGUAGUGUAAUUGUAUAUAAUCAGGUGUUGUAUGUGGAUGAUCACAUGACAUUUCAUGCUUUUGUAUUUGUAAAGUGAGAUUGUGGAUGUCAGUGAAAUGUUGACAUUAUCUGAAUAGACUGCUUUCUCAGGGUGCAUCUCAUAGCACAAAUCCAGGAUUUUAAUAUAUUAUCUGUCUAGAUUCCUAGAAACUUACAGUCAAUUUGAAAUGCAAAAUGAAAUUGCCAAAUUUGUAGCUUUAACACUUAUCGUGAUAGUGAAGUGUAAAGUUGUAAAAUCUGAUAGUUCUGCAAUCCAUUUUUCUAUGAAGACCAAAGCAUCUAUGAUAACAUGUUUAGAUGUGGAAGAAUUAUUGUCUUUUAUGUUUCAGUUGUCACCUUUUUGCUAAGAGAGUUGCUGUGUACUGGAAAGAAAAGCAAUCAGAAGUGGUUUUCCGCAUUAAAUCAAUCAACUAUGGUUUUGUGAAUUACAUUGUGUUAACUUUCACUGUGCCAAGUUACAAAUGAAAAAUAGUUACUUGCAAGUAAGGAGGUGCAGUAGAGAGGAGAAAAUUAACAAGAAAUUCAAAUUAUACUUGACAACGGCUCUUAUUUGCAGUGUGACAGAUUUUAUUCAUUUUGAUUUUAUCAAGUUAGUUUUAUUCAGUGAUUUAUUCAAAUUUUAAAUUGAAUGGGAUAGAAAAAGAAUACAAGGUAGUUGCUUUUUGACUUUAUUACUAUGCACAAAAUGGUAACUGAAAAUGAAAGAAUGCAAAGCAGCAUAUUUUCGGACAGUGGGAGGAAACCCACACAGACACAGUGAGAAUGUGCAAAUUCUACACAGACAGUUGUCCAGGGCUGGAAUCGAACCCAGUUCCCUGGUACUGUGAGGCAGCAGUGCUAACCACUGAGCCACCGUAUCACCUUACUUCCACCAACAUACUACUAGCGAAAGAAACACUCGUAACAGGAAGUGGAAGAACUGGAAACACUGACACCCAACAACACCAACAGCAAGGCCAAUAUGCUUACAGUACUAGACUUCACUUUGUCUUACACAGUCAAGUAUUUAAACAACCCAUGGAAUAACCCAUAUCAGGAUUCGUAGCAGAAGCAGUCAUGCAAAGACUAGAACUCACAGCCCUCCCCCUGAUCCAACCAAAGCUAUGAAUCAGAUUUGUGGACAACACAUUUGUCAUCAUUAAAUGCAUAAACUUGAAGGAAACACACUAUCUCAUCAACAACAUAUUCACCAGUACCAACUUCAUGAGAGAAGAGGAGGACACCAAUCAACUCCCAUUCCUAACAUCAUAGGAGAAUAUGGGACCAACGGUGAAUUCCUAACUAAACUAUAUACGCAGGUGACCCACAAAGACCAAAUCCUUAACUACAACAGCAAUCACCCCAACGUCCACAAACACAGCUGUGUCAGAACAUUAUUUAAAUGAGCUAUAACACUGCAACACACCAGAACUACACAAAAUUGAGGAAGAACGCCCUACACAAGAUAAAAAGUGGAUACCCCAAUGGAUUCGUCUGCCAAUGCCUAUUGGACAGACAAUGCCAAGAGAUCACUGUAUGCCCUGAUUCACUGGUCACCCUAUCUAUAUCAAGAAUGUAUCAGAAAUGACAACCGGACCCCUACAACCACUGUGAAUUAUAGUAGCACACCAACCCCACAGCUACACUAUAUCAACAACUCACAAGGAUAAUGACCCAUACCCACAACAUGCAGGACUAACAUAAUAUACAAAAUCCCUUGCCGUAAACACUGCAUCAGACAGACCGGCAGGAAACUAACAAUCCGGAAACAUGAAUACCAGCUAGCAACAAAACUGCACGACCAACUCUCCCUCAUCUCAAUAAAUGGAGACAAGGAGAGCCAUCAAUUAGACAGGGACAACAUAACCAUCAUAGGACAAGCUAAAGAGAUGCAUGCAAGGGAAUUCCAAGAGACUGAUUUUCAACCUGAAUGCCAUCAACAAGCAUGUGGAAACAGACCCCAGAGCAAAGCUGGAAAUGACAAAGCCACCUUAAUAGACCAGAUCAUAUCAAUAUCAAGCAGAGUAGAACAACAACACUUCACAGAAGUCUCACUGAUUAUGUUUCCGAGCAUGGGGACGAAAUGUCUUCAUGACAACUCACCUGCUUGACUAGCAAACCAACAACCGCAUCCACAACCCGAGCUACAAAUCUUUGUUAAAACCUUAAAAGUUAAGUGCUCUUGCCUUAAACAAAAAUGUGUUUACUGUGCCUCAUUGCAGUUGUAAUGUUAAAUUUCACAUUUUUAUUUAAAAUUCAGUCCAAUAAAGAUAAUCUUUUCUUACUGUUA